CCGGCCCUAGUAAUUAAAUAUAAAGUACUAUAUAAAUUACGACGUAAUAAAGUCGUUACCGGUUUAGAAUUAGAAAUUAAACCCGAACGUAAUAUAAUAAAUAAAAAUAAUAAGAAGUUUAGGUUUAUAUUAAGAUCGCUCGUUAUUAUUAUUAUAACUUAG